CAUGCGCUCCACUGCACUCCUGUCCUCUCCCCUCAGCAGCAGGUGCACGUUUCAGACGCUUCAGCCCAACUUCUCAGACUUCAAAAAUGGCAGAGGAGAACAUAUAUGAGAAAAUAGACGAUGAGAACUUGUAUGAAAAGCCUUUUGAUGAGCCAGACUUCUCUGCUAAGGAGGAACCAAAGUAUGAGAACCAAAGCACGUUUGCCUACGACACCCCAGUGACAAACGCGAUUUACAGCGAGAUUGAUGUUCACAGUAAGGCAGAAAGAAGUUUGUCUCCAGACUACAUAAACAGUAAUGAAGUAACAGAGGAGGCAGAGGAAAUCCCGACUGAAGCCCAGAACGGUGUAGGUUUGUAUGAGGUUCCAGCAGGGGAGAAUGAAGAAGAAAUGUCGUCCAGACGCUCAUCCGCAUCGUCCGCUGAGCACUUCAGAGAGCCAUAUGAUGAAGAGCAGCUACAGGAGGCCACUUAUGAAGACAACGCAGAGGAUGGGAUGAUGAUGGCUUACUCACUGCCAAAGGGCAGAGCCGCAGGACCGGAGGAAGAAGUGGUGGACUACAGUCUCAAACCUGUGCAAAACAACAACGUUGAAGAAGAAGAGAAACCUGUAGAUCCCAGUCAGCCUGAAAUUGCACUCUUUGUCAAGGCUGGGAGUGAUGGGGAGAGCAUUGGGAAUUGUCCAUUUUCUCAACGCCUCUUCAUGAUCCUCUGGCUCAAAGGGGUUGUCUUCAACGUCACCACUGUGGACCUGAAGAGGAAACCAGCUGACCUGCAUAAUCUGGCUCCAGGCACACACCCUCCUUUUCUCACCUACAAUGGUGAGGUCAAGACAGACAUCAACAAAAUUGAGGAGUUUUUAGAAGAAGUGUUAGCACCACCAAAAUACCCCAAGCUGGCAGCCAAGCACAGGGAGUCCAACACAGCGGGGAUUGACAUAUUUGCAAAGUUCUCAGCUUACAUCAAAAACUCAAGGCCAGAAGCCAAUGGAGGGCUGGAGAAAAACUUGUCAAAGGCCAUAAAGAAGCUGGAUGACUACCUGAACAGCGCUCUGCCUGAGGAGAUAGACGCAGACAGCGUGGAGGACGAGAAAAGCUCUACCCGCAAGUUCCUGGAUGGCAACGAACUCACCCUGGCAGACUGCAACCUCCUGCCAAAACUCCACAUAGUCAAGAUUGUUGCCAAGAAGUAUCGUAACUAUGACAUUCCUGCUGAAAUGACAGGAGUGUGGCGCUACCUGAACAGCGCCUAUGUUCGAGAUGAGUUCAUCAACACCUGUCCUGCAGAAAAAGAGAUUGAACUGGCCUACCAGGAUGUAGCCAAAUGGCUGGUCAAAUAAAGCUUGUGGCACAAAUAUCAGACCAAUUAGACUUUAUAGGUGCAGGCAGAAAUAGACUGCACUGGUUUUAUAGAAUUUAGUUUUGUAUCAUUGAAAACAGAUCUUGCAGUGAAACCACUCUGGUUAGCCAGAAUUCUGUUCUGCAACACAAAAUAAAGAAAUAUGAUGACUCAGUGCAGGCCAGGGAAGUCUCAUUCCCCUGUAGUGAUUGUGUCUAAACUAUCUGUCAAGGCUAGAUAAAUAGUUUUCCACGAGUUUUCUUUUUUCAGCUAUUUGCUGCAAUUCUAUUAUUUACAUCAGUAGAUUAGUAUUAUUUAAAGAAGAUAUUAUCUGUCAAUAACAAGCAUAUACAUUAAAGUUGACAGCUAAAUAUAGAAAGGAUCUAUUAAUUAGUAGAUUCAAGUUUCUAAUUUGAUGAUGAUUUUCAGGACUCAGGAUUGUCUUAACAUAUAAAAAUAUUUAAUAGGAAUACUAGCUGUGUCUGAAUGAUUAUUUAGAAAAAGAACAAAUGAGCAAUGGGACAAGAUAAAAGUGAAACAACUUUUAAUGCAAGAUCUGAAAAUCAUAUAUAUAUAUAUAUUUUUUACUUUUAUUGUUUUAAUUACAACUCUAAAAUAUUUUCAUAAUGCCUCUAAAUCAAUUAAUUAAGAUAUGUGCAUACAUACAUUCCCAGCUCAGAUAUUAAACUCUUUCAUUUAAAGUAUAUAUUUCAUUUUGAUUCAACAGACAUCCUCUCAUUUUCCUACAACUUCUUUGGUGAAGUACAUUUUAUUGUGUUAACAUUUUACUUAUCUUUUUGUCAGCUGAUAUAUGUUUCCGAAAGAUUUAGUCUUGACCUAAAUUAUAUCUGAUUAAUUUGUAAUUUGUAUUUUGAGUUGUGUGGCAAAGAAGAUUCAUGACAUCUCAUAAUGCAGUUAAAUCAAGUAAAGCAGUGUAGUCGGGCUCUUCUCCAGGUCUCCUCCACUCUCUGCUGAAAUAGCACACAGCUCCACAGACUUCAUAGGUCCUCAUGGAGCUCGCUGCUCUUGUGUGGCUUGGACAAACAUUUGAUAUGAAAGGGGAGUGUGGCGCCAGAGAGGCCUAUCCUGCAUGAACCUCUACGAAUAAAAUAAUAUUUUUACAGUUCAA